AUGUGUAAUGAUGGAAUUGAAGUGGAAAGUGAAACGAAUUAUUUUCUUCAUGAAACUGACAAAUGUGCUCAUAACAAACGUACAAGCUCCUGUGGAAGCAAACUUCUCUCCUAUAUUCUAAAAACUGGAAUCAUCGAACGCCCUUCCAAUCGACCAGUCAUCAAUGUCAGACGUCUUCUGAUUUUGAGACAGUUCAACACUGUUCUCGGGUUGGAUUUGAUCAAAAGAUGGAUUAAGCACGACGUUCAAAUCGGACAGAAGCUUUUUUGCCACACUUUGUUUCCCACAACCUUCCGAAACUUUUUCACGCUUUUUGGGGAUCGUGUUGUAAAAUCAGAAGACAACUACAUUCGUAUCCGUACUGACAACGAAUCGAAACACAUUCACAGGGGUGCGAGGCGUAAGAAACACGCUCAAUCGCUCUCUUGUCAUGUGAUUCCGUCGGAGCAGACAAUAAUCGAAAAGGAGGAUGACUACUACACGAGCUACGAUUUAUUGCAUUAUGAUGAGACUGAUGACGAUUACGAUGACUUUGAUUUUUUUGACGAGUUGGGCUUUUUUGAUGAUAAUUUUGACGAGGAGGAUUCAAAUGUCGAGGACUACGGCUUUAACGAUGACGAGUUAGACGAUGAAGAAGAUGAAGAAUUGCAUUACGUUCAAUAA